AUGACGCUAACGCAGUUCGCGUUGCAGCUCAAGGAGAAUACCACCACCAGCGCUUACCUAAAAAACUUCGAUCUCAUGCUGGAAUCAACGGCAACCCUGCACGCGCUGCUGACGGAGUUUAAGAGCUUCAAGGGCUGGGGUGUAGCCACGGACGGCGCGAAGAAAUCGUUUCAGAGGCUUGAAGACCUUUUGCGGAAAGCCACGGCGUUGCUACAACGAUGCAUCAGCGCGCGGAGUAAACUGCUUCAGCUGGUAUCGGAGCACGCGCUACAGGCGCAGGACUUCAUAAAGAUGCACGCGGAGAUGGAGCAGUGCCUCUCCACCGUCCCCAUCCAAACCCUCCCUGAACCCCUCACCUCCAAGCGCACGGUUACGUAUUCCGAGUCAGUCACGUCCGCCAUGCGUACUGCUGCACUCUCACUUUCCCCUUCCCCCUCCUCCUCUUUUCCCCCUUUUCCUUAUCUUCAACCCACCCCCUCCAUUCCCCCCCGCCCCCACCUUUCCCCGUUACCCCCCUCCUCGUCCCCGCUUCAGCUCACGGCGAUGCGGCAGCAGCUGCUGAACACGCCCUUUACGGAGUGCAUCACGCCCGCCAUGCGCGCGCAGCUGCAGCUGCUGCUCUCCUCCGCCGCCUCCCCCUCCCCCGCGCUCAAGGACGCGCCCGGCUCCGACGUCCUCGCCUUCCAGCUGGCGGAGGCGCUCGGGCUGGGGCUCUCCGCGGAGGCCGCCAACCCGGGCGCGCUGCGCCGCGAGCAGGAGGCGCUGGCGCUGGAGAAGCGCAAGGCGCAGGAGGGGCGGGAUUUGGCGCAGGCGAAGGUUGUGGAGCAGGUGAGAGGGGGGGAGGGGGAAAUGGGGGGGAUGGGUAACGAGGGGGAGGAGACCCGGAGUGGGGAGUUGUAUGGGAUCGGUGUGAAUCAAGUUAGGGCGCAGGAGGGGCAGGACCUGGCGCAGGCCAAGGUGGUGGAGCAGGCGCAGGAGGGGCGCGACUUGGCGCAGACUAGUGUGACUGAGGGAUGGGCAGGGGAGGGGGAGGUGGGUGAUGGGGGCAGAGGAAAGGUGAGAGUGCGGGGAGAGGGAGGAGAGGCGGCGAGAACAGGGGGAAAGGUGGUUGGAGGGGAAGGGGAGGAGGGGGACAGUGGCCCCGUGCAUGUUCUGCUCUCUGCCCACACCUCCCCUCAUAUCCCCUCUCUCUUCCCUGCCCUCCCAUGCACGUCACCAGAUAGUGCUGGUGCUCAUGCGCAUGGAGCGGGAGGUGGCAGCCCGUGCAUGUUCUGCUCUCUGCCCACACCUCCCCUCAUAUCCCCUCUCUCUUCCCUUCCCUCCCAUGCACGUCACCAGAUAGUGCUGGUGCUCAUGCGCAUGGAGCGGGAGGUGGCAGCCCGCAGAGAGAAGCAGAAGCGUGCCGCUGAAGCCGCAGCAGGCAGCACUACCACUGCUGCUCCCGCCGCCUCAACUGCUCCCGCGCCCUCCUCCAUCUUCGCGCCUCAACCCAGCCGGUCCCACGCAGCCGCAGCAGCACUGGGGAUUAAUCUGCUGGCAGAGAGCUUGACAGAGCUUAGUGUGGGAGGCAGUGACAGACAAGCAGAAACAGCAGCAGCGACCUCCCAGCAGCAGCAACAGGGGGGCGGGGCAGGGGCAGGAGCAGUGGCAGGGGUGGUGAGACAUCAGGAGGGGCAGGAGGCAGCAAAGAAGGUGGUUGAGCCGAUCAAGAUGGUGCUGCCAGGAGAUAGCGCCGCCGCCGCUAGUGCUGGUGUUGCUGGUGCACGGCGUGACAAGAGCCCACAGCCAGGGGUGGUAGGAGCAGACGGGGCAGGGGUGGGAGGGGCAGCAGCGAACGGGGCUGGGGGUGUGACAGCAGGCACAACAGCGGCAGCAGGAGGGGCAGCAACGGCAGCAGCAGCAGCGGCACGAGCACGGUCGCCCACGCCUGCAGCAGCAGUAGGCGCCGCCAGCAGCACUGCCACCACAGCAGCCACGAGAACUACUGCCGCAGCAGCACCAGCAGCCGCUCCAGCUGCAGCACCAGCUGCAUCCCACGCGUCCAGGCCAGCAGCAGCAGCAGCAGCAGCAGCAGCAGCACCAGCAGCGGCAGCACCAGCGGGUCAAGCCACACAGGCAACAGGCGAGCAGGGGGUAGCACAGCAGAUCAUCCGCACGCUCCGUCUCGGCUCUGUGGACGAGAAGGCCCAGGCAGCCGGGCUCGUGGGCUGGCACACGAAAUUCUCCGCCACCAACCGCGCCAUGUUCCGCUCCGCUGGGGUCAUCGACGCUCUGCUCCCUCUCGCCGCCGCCUCCUCUCCCCAGGAGGCGAAAGCAGCCGAUGCCGCAGUGAGAGCCCUGGUGAAUUUGCUGGCAGAUGAAGAUGUGAAGGUUGAGCUGAUUGGGCACCUGCCGCUGCUGGUCCAGGCGCUGAAACGCGCGCAGCUGCCUGCCACUCGCGCCGGCAUGGCGCGGAUUUUUAAAGCGAUUGCGACGAUAUCGGAUGAGGCGUGUAAGGUGGUGGUGGAUGCCGGCGCGGUGCCGCACUUAGCUAAGUUUGUCGAUCCGAGCGCCGCUGCGGUGGCGCCGGCGAACCCGCCGCCGACGGGCGGCGCGGCAGUGGCUGCGGCCGCCGCCGCAGAGGAAGCUUCGAAGCAAUGCGCGGCGGAAACCCUAGCGAUCCUCGCGCAGGUUCCCUCAAAGCGAAGCAGAAUGGUGGCAGACGGGGCCGUUGGCCCUCUCUCCCUCCUCGUGCUCUCCACCCCGCCGAACGAAACCCUAAUUGCGGCGGUGACGGCACUCGCAGGGCUGGCGGGCGUGCACGAGGGGAGGGAGGGCAUGGCGGCAGUGCUGCCGACGCUGGUGAAUCUGCUGAGGGUGGAGGAUGAGGGGGUGAUGGCGCCCACUUUGGAUGCACUGUUGCUGCUGGCCAAGCACAGCGCGGGGUACCGCAGCGGCAUCCGGAAUAACGGGGGGAUGAGGCACUUGAGGAAUGUGCUUCGCGUGGGGCCCUCGCCUCUCCACAACAAGGUGAGACUUGCUUUCUUGGCCAUCCCUUCCCUCUGA